UCCGCUCCUGCCCCCACGGCGGAACGCAAAGUUUUCCCCGCCGUCUUCUCAGGUCACUGCUAGUGUCUAGCUAUCCUACUACCGCCUGGUCGACCCUCUCCUGUCUCUUGCUCCGUCAAAUAUUCCCGCUGGAGCGCGGAACGGCUGGACUGCGGAUCGAUCGCAGUUUGUGUCCACGAUCGUGACUCACGAUCGGAGCCGACAGAUCAUGGCGUUCAAGGUCGAGGUGAGCGAGAGCCGUUGCUCCUACCUGCACGUGGGAGACAUCGUGUCGUUCUUUGCCGAGGGAUCGGGCACUUCGGUCUCGGGUUUCAUCAGUACACUCGGCCUGGUUGACGACCGAGUGGUAGUCAAACCUGAUGAGGGGGAUCUUGACAACCCACCCGCCAAAUUCAGAGACUCUCUGUUCAAGAUAGUCCCAAUGCACCGCUAUUCAGCGCAGGAGCAGUUCCGCAAGGCCACAGCUACGGCCAGAAGUAUGCCCGAUGUCGUCAUUCUUCAAAAACUGCAGGCUGCAGCAGAUCAGGAGCGGAGUAGAAGUGACGAGGAGACGACCAAACAGAUGGGUACUCCUGUCCUCUACCACAACACUGUCAUUCAGUUGGUUCAUGUGAAGAGCAACAAGUACCUGACGGUGCAGAAGAGACUGCCGGCUCUAGUAGAGAGGAGGGCCAUGAGAAUCAGCCUCGACAACCAGGGAAGUGAGGCUGCGUGGUUCAUACUGACUCCAGUCUACAAGCUAAGGUCACCUGGAGACUCUGUUGUGAUAGGAGACAAGGUGAUACUGAUGCCAGUCAAUGCACAACAGCCGUUCCACGUCAGUGAAUAUUCUCUUCCUGACCACCCCAACUGCAAAGAGGUGAAUGCAGGGGAGUGCAGUAGUUGGAAGAUAUCUCUGUUCAUGGACAAUAAGGAGGAUAACCCUGAAGUCUUGAAGGGGGGGGACGUGGUUCGACUGUUCCACUCUGAGCAGGAGAAGUUCCUGACGUGUGACAAACACGAGGGAUCUCUACGAGUGUUCCUCAGGACCUCCGGCAGGAUAAAGAGGACUGACGCCACCAGCUCCAAGGCUAUGUGGGAGGUUGAAGUGGUGAACCAUGACCCCUGUCGCAGCGGAGCCGGUCACUGGAACAACCUGUACAGAUUCAAGCACCUGGCGACGGGUCACUACCUGGCCGCCGAGGUCGACCACGACAGCACGCUGGACCCCGUGAGACAGAAACUGAAGGGCCAGAUGGACACCGUCUAUCAUCUCACGGUCGACGACAACAAUACUGAGACGUGGCUGACUAUUUUUGAGCUGGAGGCCACCACCAUACAACAGACAGAUCAGACCGUGCCAAAGAACUCCUACGUCCGUCUUCGUCACGUGAGAACAAAGUCGUGGGUCCACGCGACCUCCAUACCCAUCGACAAGGAUGCCGAGAAACCGGUCAUGCAUAAGGUUGGUGCAGCACCCACGCGAGAGGACAAGGAAGCGUUUGCUCUCAUGGCAGUUCCGCCCCAAGAAGUGAGAGAUUUAGACUUUGCCAACGAUGCCGCGAAAGCAAUCAAGACUAUCGCUACAAAAAUCGAGUCUGGACAGCAGGCAACUGCCAACGAGAAGAAGUACAUAAUUCGACUGAUAGAGGAUCUGAUAUUCUUUGUGAUUGGGAAAGAAACGUCUCAAUCUACCCAGAGACCUUCAGCUCUGACAGAAGAGGGAGAACCUGACAGAGACAGACAGAAGCUCGUCAGAGAACAGGAGGUUUUGAAAGAGAUCUUCCACCUGUUGCGGAUCCCUCUGAAGGUGCAGCCCACGUUCCAGAUGGCUGACCUGGCAGACAAGAGAUACGAUGCCAUGCACUACCUCUUCUGUCUCUGCUACAGAGUCAUUCAACACUCGCAAUCCAACUACAGAAAGAACCAGGAAGAGAUAGCCAACAAGUACCUGUCACUGAUGCAGAGUCAGAUAGGCUUCGAGGUUCGAGCAGAGGACACGAUCGCGGCUCUCGUGAGGAACAACAGCAAACUGCUCGAGAAACACAUCCACAAGAAAGAGAUUCAGACGUUUGUGGACCUCUUGCGCAAGAGUCGGGAGAAAAAGUUCCUGACGUAUAUAGGAGACCUGUGUGUAUCGAAAGGGAUGGCCAUUCAGAGAGUGCAGGCAAUGGUGUGUGAGGUGGUCCUGAAGGAUUCCAAUGCCGAUGUACUUAUGACACUCAGUGUGGAGAAUGAGGAGAUAGUGCUGCACUGGACCGAGAUGGGAGUGGCCCACUCCAAGAGCCAGAUGCAGCUGGCCGACGGAGCGAAGACGGGAAACGAAGACGACACGAAGAAUCUCGACUAUUUCACUGCUCAGUUGCAGCUGUUCUGUAACAUGUGCUUCAACAGACAGUAUCUGGCCAUUCUCAAGAUCAAGGAGAUGUUGCCCAUCGAUAUCGUACUCCAGUGCACAGAGAACAAGGCACUUCCUUUCAGUCUGCGGGCUGGGUUCAGUCACAUCAUGCAGUGCGUCCAUUUAGACAUUAACCCUCAAGAGACUGUGAACCCGGUGGGCUAUUCAAGACUGUGGAGUCAGAUCCCCGACAGCACUACCAGCGUCAGCGAAUACUCUCCAUGGCUUGAGACUGGUAUGAGUGGUUCAUCAUUCAUGCACGAAGUCGGAGCGGCGCUGGUUAGCAGUAAAGGUUCCAGUGGUACAAGUCUCGAGUGUCAAAUGCCACCAGAUGAAGACGAUGCUCCCAUGUCCCCUACUAAUACAGAAGGGAGUGACGAUGUUCUAAGAGAUCCAGCCCAGUGUCGAAGAGAGAAAUUCAAACAAACCAAACACAAAGAGGCAGAGAAGGCACGUAUUUUGAAGACGAUGGAGUUUGUGGAACAGUAUCUGGCACUUCCUUCUGUCUGGAGCUUUGAAGACAAGGAACAGAACCUUUUAACCUAUGAGGUUGUGUGUUUGGCGAGGAUGAUGGUGUACUUUGGCUUCUACAACUUCUCGAAGUUGUUGCAGCUGACCCGUGUGUUGCUAAGUGGUCUUGACAACAAGAUUGGCAUUGCGAUGAUGUCACCUCUCUCCCCCACACCUGCAAUGACCAGACGCACCAUUGAUGCCGGUAAAGGGCCCGGAGAGGAAGGCAGUGCACUUGGUAAGCUGGUGCAAGCGGCGGCUACCUCUUUCUUCACCCACGCCUAUGCCUCCGAGGACGACAAGGAAUCAAAAAAGACGGCCAAGGAG